CUUUCGCAAUUCCGUGUCUCUUUCUCAAGUCUCCGCAUUCGGUAUUUCUAUAUUCUAUUUCGCUUUUCGGAACCAUCUUGACUCCAUUUGGUUUAGAUUUUCGCGCUCUGUGUUGAAGAAAAUGUUGCCUCAACAAUGGACGUCUCCAUGCGGGAAUCAAUGCACGGCCAAAUACGCAGCUCUCAUGCAGAUCCCAUGGAGAGUCUUCUGCAAAAAAGGUUGUGAUAGCGAUGGAGACACAUGGGAAGAAUGUUUGGAGGAGUGCAAUGAGAUAUGCUAUAAGGAUCCUGUUUUGAAAGAUCAACAGUGGAGUGCUUACAUUGAUCGCUCUCCAGGAGCUGAGCAAUACUCAAUGGAAUGCUUCCAAGCUUGUAAAUCUGGGUGUGGUUACAAGUUUGAUAUUCCAUCAGAAAAGGUUGGUCAAGUUAAGCCUAACAGGCCACCCAAGCCUUGUGUUGUUAAAAAACCUCCCCUACCUUCCACUGAACCCAUCAUUACCACUGAAGACAUUCCCUGCACAUCUGCAUAGUGAGAUAUGAUACACUCCACAAUACAUAUGCACAAGGAACAAUACAGACUUUUCCUGCUAACUCAAUCUACUUAGGUAGUUUCAGGAUCUUACUGCAUCACCUUGCUGAGGUUGGAGUAGAAUAGUUUACCAUCCCUUUUGCUGAAAGGAAAAAAAGAAAAAGGUUUUUUGUUUCCUUUCCCUCCACCUCCACCACCAAUCCAAGUUAUUUGAGUUUCUGCUGACUCAAAAAUAGGUUUGGCGGGAUUUUUGGUGGCAGCCAUUAGAUAACUGAACUGUAACUGUAGUCUCUUCAUUGGUUAAUGAUGCAUAAACCCAUUGACAAUGUAGGAGAUAACAACUGUGUCAUGUACCAAUAAACCCACUGUAUCUGUUAUAAUUUCGACAUUAAUAUGUACAAUCAAGAUUGUAUUAGCUCACCCAAGCAUUGUAUC